CAUCUGGCAACCCUGUCUGUCAGUCAGAGCUGCAGAGAGUUAGCCGUGUUAGCUGCGAUUUAAAACCUUCUUUUGACCACAAACACGGAUUUAUUUGAGUUUGUGCGCUCGGGAGGACUUUACUGAGUGUCCAGGUUAAAAAACAUUAAAAUCAUUUACUGCCUUUUUCUGAGGAGAAUCGGCUCCCAUUCGCCGCUGCAGUAUUACAGCUUUAGUCCAUCUGGCGAUGUGAGUUGUAUUGAUGCCAGAUGAGCUCUGACCCCUGCUUUGUCCACCUUGAGGCCAUGCUCAGUGAUAAGCUGUGAAGCCAUGACUCAGAGGAACAUCGCCAGGGAUAUCCUGCACAGACAAAUCCGGGAGAAUAGGGCGCUGGGCUUUCAAAGGCAUUACCAUGUGACCGAUCCCUUUAUAAAGCGCCUCGGCCUGCAGGCAGAGCUACAGGGUCACUCAGGGUGUGUGAACUGUCUGGAAUGGAACGAGAGAGGAGACCUGCUGGCCUCUGGCUCUGAUGACCAGCAUGCCAUAGUGUGGGACCCCCUCAGGCAAAAGAAGCUCAUUACUAUGCACACGGGCCAUGCAGCUAACAUCUUUUCAGUGAAGUUCCUGCCGCACUCCGGAGAUCGGAUAUUGGUAACCGGAGCUGCAGAUACCAAAGUGCACGUCCACGACCUGACAGCCAAGGAGACCAUCCACAUGUUUUCUGAUCACACUAACCGGGUCAAACGCAUCGCUACCGCCCCCAUGUGGCCUAACACGUUUUGGAGUGCGGCGGAGGACGGCGUCAUCAGGCAGUAUGAUCUGAGAGAGAGCAGUAAGCGUUCGGAGGUACUGAUCGAUCUGACUGAGUACUGUGGUCAGCUGGUGGAGGCGAAGUGUCUGGCCGUUAACCCACGGGACAACAACUACCUGGCAGUGGGAGCGAACGGUCCAUUCGUCCGGCUCUACGACAUCCGAAUGAUCCACAACCAUAGGAAAUCUCUGAGUCAGAGCAUGUCUGCUGGAGUGCACACAUUCUGCGAUAAACAGAAACCCAUCCCAGAUGGAGCAGGGCAGUACUAUGUGGCAGGUCACUUGCCAGUGAAACUUCCAGACUAUAAUAACCGGUUGAGGGUGCUGGUGGCCACUUACGUCACCUUCAGUCCAGAUGGGACGGAGCUGCUGGUGAACAUGGGUGGAGAGCAGGUGUAUCUGUUUGAUUUGACGUUUAAACAGAGGCCAUACACGUUUCUGCUGCCCAAGAAGUGCCAUCCUUCAUCAGAGGUGCAGAACGGGAAGACCACUACCAGAGUGGCCAAUGGAAUCCAUCUGUCCACCAGCCGCCUCAAACUGGCCAACAGCAAGGCAUCCAGUUCCACAGAGCUGCCCCCUCAUCUGGAGCGGAUUAAGCAGCAGGCUAAUGAUGCAUUUGCACGCCAGCAGUGGACUCAGGCCAUCCAGCUCUACAGUCUGGGCAUCCAUGCAGCUGGACACAAUGCCAUGCUGUAUGGCAACCGGGCAGCUGCAUAUAUGAAGCGCAAGUGGGAUGGAGAUCAUUAUGACGCUCUGAGGGACUGUCUAAAGGCUCUAUCUCUGAACCCUGGUCAUCUGAAGGCUCAUUUCCGGCUGGCACGCUGUCUGUUUGAGCUGAAGUAUGUGGCAGAGGCUCUGGAGUGUCUGGAUGAUUUUAAGGGUAAAUUCCCUGAACAGGCCCACAGCAGCGCCUGCAACGCCCUGGACAAAGACAUUAAAGCAGCUUUAUUUUCCAAAACAGACUCGGCCGAUGAGAAGAAAGGAAACAGCUCGAUCCGCUUCCACAAUUUCAGCCGGAAAGAGUCCAUCCCUGAGGACGAGAUCAUCCUGAGGGAGCGAAGCUUUGACUAUAAACAUCGCUACUGCGGCCACUGCAACACCACCACCGACAUUAAAGAGGCCAACUUCUUUGGGAGUAAAGGCCAGUACAUCGUCAGCGGCUCAGAUGACGGCUCUUUCUUUAUCUGGGAGAAGGAAACGACGAACCUGGUCCGGAUUCUGCAGGGAGAUGAGUCCAUAGUGAACUGCCUGCAGCCACACCCCAGCUACUGCUUCCUAGCCACCAGCGGCAUCGACCCCGUGGUGCGGCUCUGGAACCCGAGACCAGAGACGGAGACCGAUAACGGGCGCGUAGUGGAGGAUAUGGAGGGAGCGGCGCAGGCAAAUCAGCGGCGGAUGAACGCGGACCCUCUGGAGGUGAUGCUGCUGAACAUGGGCUACCGCAUCACCGGCCUCAGCAGCCGUGGCCAGGAGGCGUCCGACGAUGAGGACAGCACUGAGGGGCAGGUGCAGUGUCGGCCCAGUUAAAACGGACGGCCCUACAGCCCCCAGCGCGAAUGUGUCUCUCUCUCUGUGUGUGUGUGUGUGUGUGUGUGUGUGUGUGUGUGUGUGUGUGUGGAGGCAAAUGCACCGUAGAUAUUUAAUUUCUUCAGCAACCUUCUCACAGCCAGCACUGCGCUGAGCUAAGGUUGGUGGCUGUGCAGCGCCCCCUAGGACAAGAAUGGAGAACAGCAGGCCGAUGAGGAGGUUUUUAUCAAUGAAGAUAGAAGCCUGAAUCCCACCCCCUACCACACUGGAGCCCCCCAAACAGAACACAGUACAGUACUCAUGUCACAAAAAGCAGUGCAUCUCAACCAGGAGCCUUCUGUCAUCACACUGAAAUCAUAAUUUAAUGUCAAAUGAAAGCAUCUUAAACGUAUACAGUUUACUUCUGCAGUUCAUAACUCAUUUUAUUUUAUUUACAUUUUUGCACUAUUUGAAAAUAUUUGCCUUAAAAUUAGUACAUUUCACGCUAAGUUGACAUAUAGAAACAGUCCAAAAAACUGGCUUGCAAUGACAUGCAUCAAAUUAAAGUGACAAAUGUCUCCUAAAUACAUUACAGAGAUCAGAGGUUUUCUUAUUUCUCAGUAUGAAAUGCUGUUUGUAUUACAUUACAGUCUAUUAUAGGAAUAUUAUUCAACCAGUUUCCAGCCAUUUUUCCUAUAUGAGAUCAUAUUAAGGGAUAUAAUCUUCACUUACUUACAAAACUUCUUAUAAUACCACUGUAGUAAGAUACUUUCACUUAAGUAAAUUGCUUAAAUAAUCUUAAAACGUCCCAACAGCAACUUCAUAAUGAGAAAUAUUAGAAAUUUUCCCUGCAUUUAAGAUGCUUCCACUUGCUGAGACAACAUUAUUCCCUUCCUUAUCAGCUCAUUGAAGUCUUGACGAUUACCUGCAUGUAUGACACGCAAAAAUAAAGAGGCUCCUGUUUCACACUGAAAAACACAGAGAUAAAGUGAACUUAAAGCUCUUAAACCUCCACCUGUGCAAAAUGUCUUGGACAGAGAUGCUCCAGCUCAGUCCCAAAGGUGCCAGCUCCUUAGUGCUGCCGCCGGUUCAUUGUUUUUCUCAGCAGGGCCAUGUGCUUCAGUUAUUUUCUGAUUUAGGGCUUGCUCUCUGGCGCCCCCAUCACACACUGAGGCUCUUCUGCUCUAAAGCCGGGAUGUUUUGCUUUGCUGCCCUGAUGAAAGAUGCAGCAGAAACGCCGGCAGAAGCGCAACUUUAAGAUGGACUCUGUUUAUUGAACUCUUCUGCAGCACUUUCGAACCCAUCCCAGAGAAACCGAGCAGUGUUGUGUUUCUGAAUGUUUCCGAAUGGAGAUUCUGGGAUUGAAAAUCGUUUUUUGAGAUUCUGGUGAUCAGUGUUUGAUGUUCACCUGUCAGAUUGUCUGAGUUAUUAUGGGGAGUUUUUGUAUGUUUAUUUUUUGGGGGGGAUAUGCAUUAUCAGAGUUCGGAGAUGUAUAUGCAGAUUAUUGUCUUUUCAUUUAUGAUGAAAUAGUUACAUAAUUAAGCACACAACAGGCAGCAGCUGCCUCACAGCUCCCCUCACAGCUCCCCACACGCUAAAACAGCAAAUAAAGAACCUAUACGGUCACAUAAAACUGCAGAAAAUUAGGCCAAGCUGCUGACUCUGCCUACAUGCAGUGUGAAACUAAGUCAGGGAGGAAAUAAUGGCAGAUCUAAAGUGCAGUUCCAAGUUUGUUUAUCUUUUGUCCUCUCUAGGCUGCACCCACAAAUGUGUUCUUUCAUAGCUGUUGUUGCGAGGCUGGACAAGCUUUACAGAACACUAAUAAAAAUCCCAUUAAACCUAAUGAGGAGCUCAGUUUAUAUCACAAUACCUACAUUUAGAGUGAAUAAGGCUCAGUUUAUGUUCUACAGUUUCUCUUUUAGGUUUAAUGGGAUUUUUACCAGCAUUCAAUAAAGCUUGUCUGUCCUCAGAACAGCAGCUAUUAAUGAAUAUAUUUGUGGGCGGAGCCUGUAGAGGACAGUUAACCAAGGCCAGAGUAAUCUAGGUGGUUGUUAUAAGCACUUUUUGGCCCUUCACAGACGACUAGGUUCCUGCAGGUGAUAGUAAUAAUCACCCCCACUGUUCUCGAGUUUUAGCUGUACGUUAUGAAACAGACAUUUUCAAACAGACAGCAGUCUAAAACUGCCUUUCUGCUCACUUGGCUUUGCUAAAGCUAGGCUAGGAGACCCCCAAUCAGUUUGGAGGGAAGCGCAGGACUGAAGGACUGUGACUUUAACACUAGGCUGCCAUUUGUAUUUAUUUGGGUGAGGCUGUCCUUGUGUCUCAUUGUUUAUUUUUCUUUGGAGAAUUCAGUAACUAAGUUUGCUGCAUAAAGAAUUAAAAAAAGAAUAAACAAGGAUUAAAACUGA